AAAAAGAAGACAUUCACUUCUUUUUUUCUCUCGGAUUCUCUCUGCUUCCCACAACCAAACAGAGGGUUAAAAGCCACGCAGCUGCGACUGAACUCCGGCGUCCGAUUGCAAAGGACAAUUGAGAAAUGUUAGCUCGAGGACUCUCUUCCUCAAAGCUUAAGCACUUCAUUCCUCUCUCACUCUUUAUAGAAUCAUCCUUAAGCCCUUCACCUUCACAUCUUCCUUCUUCAACCCUCGACUCCCAAACAAAACCCUACCAAAACCCCACAACCGCUCCUGCAAUCUUCUUGUCUCCCACAAUCUUCAGACCCUUCUGUUCAAAUCCAAAUCCAAAUCCAAAUCCAAACCCAAACCCAAACCCAAACCCAAAACCCUCUCUGCCCCUCAACAGAGAUGGAAACUACGACGAAACCGCUUCUCAAACCCUCCUUGUCUGCCGAGGCUGUGGCGUCCACAUGCAAGAUGCCGACCCCAAACAGCCGGGCUUCUUCAUCAGACCCUCUGCCAAAAGCCCUAAUUACAAAAAAUCACAAAUUGAUCUCCGACCCGUCGCCGACGAGCCCGAAAUCUCCGAUUCCCUCAAAAGGGGUUUUCUUUCUGAGCCUGACAGCACCGAGCUUACGGUUAAUUUGAUCGAAAAGCCCAUGGUCUGCGCCCGAUGCCACUCGCUGCGGCAUUACGGGAAGGUGAAGGAUCCGACGGUGGAGAAUUUGCUUCCGGACUUUGAUUUCGAUCACACAGUGGGGCGGAGGCUGGCGUCACCGGAAGGGACGCGGGCAGUAGUUCUGAUGGUGGUUGAUGCGGCAGAUUUUGACGGGUCUUUCCCGAGAAAAGUCGCGAAGCUUGUUUCGGCCACAAUUGAUGAGAAUUAUACGGCGUGGAAGGAGGGCAAGUCUGGGAACGUGCCGCGGGUGGUUCUCGUGGUCACAAAGAUUGACUUGUUGCCGGCUUCGGUGUCGCCGACGAGGUUUGAGCACUGGGUGCGGCGCAGAGCGAGGGAGGGUGGAGCAAAUAGGAUUGCAAGCGUUCAUCUUGUGAGUGCGGUGAGGGAUUGGGGUUUGAAGAAUCUGUUUGAUGACGUGUGUGCAUUGGCGGGAAAGAGAGGGAAUGUGUGGGCAAUUGGGGCACAGAAUGCAGGAAAAUCAACAUUGAUCAAUGCAAUAGGGAAGCAUGUUGGUGGAAAAAUUACGCACUUGACGGAAGCUCCAGUGCCCGGGACGACCUUGGGUAUUGUGAGGGUUGAGGGGUUUCUUCCAGGUAAGGCUAAAUUGUUUGAUACUCCUGGGCUUUUGCAUCCCCACCAGAUUUCGACGAGGUUGACUAGGGAAGAACAGAAGCUUGUUCAAAUUAGCAAGGAUUUGAAGCCAAGGACGUACAGGAUCAAGGCGGGUCAUUCAGUUCACAUUGCUGGGCUUAUGAGGCUAGAUGUAGAAGAAUUAUCAGUUGAUACUAUUUAUAUCACUGUAUGGGCAUCUCCUCUCCUUCCACUACAUAUGGGGAGAACAGAAAAUGCCGUUACUAUGCUAGAAGAUCAUUUUGGUCAGCAGUUACAGCCACCAACUGGGGAGAAACGAGUCAAAGAGCUUGGAAAAUGGGAGAAAAAGGAAUUCCACGUCUCUGGGACCAGUUGGGAUUUGAGUUCUGUGGACAUCGCUGCUGCUGGUCUUGGCUGGUUUGCUGUUGGUCUAAAAGGACAGGCAGUCCUAGGUGUUUGGACCUAUGAUGGUGUGGAUGUUAUUCUUCGUGAUUCUUUGAUUCCUCAUAGAUCUAAUACUUUUGAAGUUGCGGGAUUUACAGUCUCAAAAAUUGUCUCCAAGGCCGACCAAGCUUUAAACAAGAUGCUGAAGAAAAGCGAGAGGAAGAAGAAACAGAGUGACCCUGAAACAUCAUUAUUAACUGUUGAUGCAUGAAGAGGUAUGUGAUGAGACAGGGCAGAUUUGGUGGGAGAAGAAACAAUAAUGAUUUGAUGCUGCAAAAACUGCAGCAGUGAAAUGAACGAAAAGGGUCUAGAGCAAACUAUUAUGCCUGGCAAGUUUCAGUCCAUGAGGAAGUGAAAAUCCACCUACAUUCUCAAGCUGUUGAUGGAGUUUCUGAUGCAUGUUGAGUGGGAAAACGAGGAUUUUCUCAUGUUCCACAACCAAAAAAUGGGGGAGGUCUUAUCAAUGAUGAGGAAAAUAGGAAAUCAUAACAUUUGUGUUUCAUGAUCUUAGAUUUAGAUCUGUGUGAAUUGGACAAAAAUGCAGUACAAAUUAUAUUGAGUUUCUCCACAUGUUCAAACUUUGAGAAGUCAUCUAGCAAACACGGCAAACAUGGAUACGACAGGGGGGGCUCGUGUUGCUGGUGGAAAAUUUUUUCAGGCCGAAGGUUCUCCAUUUUGUAUUUCUCAAAUUGUUUAAUGUCUGUUAAUCUUAAUAAAUAUUUUUUUCCCAAUAUUGGCCGGGAAUGUAUUACUUUUGUUGACCUCAGAGUCGCUCAUGUAUUGCAACAAGAGCAUUCAAUUGCUUGAAUUUGCUUCUUUUUAGUAAAGAGCAGAUUUUCUUCUGAAAAGUUUAGUUCUAGAUGAGAUUUUUUGUUUUGAGCAUAUAAUUUGUGUAUCAGCACAUGAUUUAUUCAUGAACAAGUCAAAAUUUGAUGUGGGUGCUUUGAUUUCUCUAUAGAGAAGUGAAUCAGUUCGGUAUCUUUUAUAUACCAUUUUGUAAAUUUCAUAUAUCAUUUUAUAAAUUAUGUCGACCCUUUUAUUCAA